AUGAUCGACCCUUUUCCGGCCCUAGGCCUGGCGUCGGCCGUUCUUCAGUUCAUUGACUUUGGAUCUACCGUGUACGGGGAGUACAAAAGGCUCCGCAACGGCGGCGGCAACACUUCUCCUCGGGCGGCGGCCCUUCCUAAAUCGUUCGAAGCGGCACUCAACGAUCUCACACACAUAAAUCGCGUCCUCAAAUCCACGCCAAGGCUUCACAACGCAUCAGAAACAGAACAUCUCCUAAUACAGCAUGAAGAUGCUAUCAACUCUCUCCUCGACGAAGCCACUGAUAUGGCCGAGGACUUUUUGAACCUAUUAGUAUUUCAGUGCGACGGCCCGAACCGCCCCAGCUCCAGGUGGAACACCACAGCGGAGGCCAUCAACUCAGUCAGGACGGAAGGCGAACUCGACCAGUUCAAGGAGAAGCUCGACGGGUCCAGGCGGGAUUUGGGGGUCCAUGUCCUUGCUUUGGUGAACGCCAAAGUAGUGGACCGUUACGGCGGCAUGCAGCACCACUACGACUACGACCUAGCCCAUGGGCAACGAGAGGAGAUCGUCCAGCUACGGCAGGACUUCCACCGUGUGAACGAGAAUGUCGUCAAGAUUGUGGCCUUCAACCAGAGCGGGGUCAGGUCGGGAAGUAGUAGUAGUAGCACGCCAAUCUUUGACCAGCACGCGAGGGUGGCGGCCGAGGCAAAGCAGGGUCCGAGUACGGGGAUCGUGGCUGCUAUGAUCACACUGGCAAGCGGCGAGACGAGGUACAUCCAUCCUAGCGGAAGCAGCAAGCCCAUAGGAAAUGGCUUAGGUAUAAACGGCAACGGCAACCAGUACCAGCAAAACGGCCACUUCAACAAGGGCUCAGGAUCGGGAUCUUCUGUCCAAGACGCCAAAUUCGACACCGUAUUGCGUCUCUCAUCCGACCCGGGACUCAUGGGGCAACCAGCAGCCGCAGAACUGGAAUAUGUCCCUCCGAAAGACUUCGCGAUCAUCAACAAGGCCGUCCUGGACAUGCUUCACUUCCGACAGAUCACCGACCGGUUCGAGUCUGUCAAGAUGCCCUACGAGAGCACCUUUUCCUGGGUGUUCGCCAACCCCAAGGACCCCAGCACGUUUGACAACAUUUGCCGGCCGUGGUCGAAUCUGUCAGCCUUCCUUGAAAGCAAAGACCAAAACGACAAGUGCUACUGGAUCAAAGGCAAAGCCGGCUCGGGGAAGUCAACGCUCAUGAAAUAUAUCGUUAGCGACCGGCGCCUCCGACAACACCUGCAACGAUGGGCGGGGCCAUCGGACGAUCUGAUCUACGCCAACUUCUUCUCUUGGCACUUGGGGGCCGACGAUCAACGACUUGUCUCGGGUCUCUUUCGGUCGCUUCUCUACCGGGUGCUCUGUGCUAGACCGGAUCUGAUACCGACUAUCAUGCCGGAGAUGUGUCUCGAGGCUGCCAGGAGCCGCACCGGCCAGCUGGAAACCCCGUCGGCUGCGGAGCUGAGGAUGUGGUUCGAGCGGCUGCUGCAUGCCACGGCGACGAACGUGGGGAAUUUCAAAUUGUUCAUCGCCAUCGACGGGAUUGAUGAGUUCCAGGGCGAUCCGGAGGAGUUGAUCUACUUAAUCCGCAACACGAAAGGUGACAGGGUCAAGUACCUCGUCUCAAGCAGGCCGAUGCAAUCGUGCGCCAAGGCGUUUGGGUCGUACCCGAGUUUAAAGCUGCAGGACUUGACGGAGGAUGAUAUCCGGCGGUACACGGAGGCGGUUCUGGGCGAGCAGCUGCAUGUGCGUGACAGGGGCGGAGAGGACUGGUUCAGGCUGGUGAACGAGAUCGUCAAGCGCUCCGAGGGCGUCUUUCUGUGGGUGACGCUGGUGAUACGGUCGCUGCUGAUGCAGAAGGGGCUGCAGAACCAUGAUAAUCUGAAGGAGAUGCGCAAGAGGCUGGAUCAGCUGCCGAGCGGCGAUGUCGAGAAGCUGUAUGGGCAUAUGCUGAAGAAGAUACCGCCAGAUUACAAGAAGAACGCGGCUAAGCUGUUCCGGAUCGUCAUGGCGAGCAUGGACAUUGAGCAGCAGAUCCGGGAACAACCGAUCCUCGCGAUCCAGCUGUCGUUGGCCGAAGGGGUAUGGGACGAGGUCAAGCUGAUACCUGAGGGGUCUCUCACCUGGGACCUGGAAGAGGUGCGAGUGCGAGAUAUCGAAGCGAAGGUGAGCAGCCGAUGCCUGGGACUGUUGGAAGUACAUACACGUAAGGACGACUUGACCCACAAGCCCUACAUUGACUUCACGCACCGUACCGCGGUCGACUUCCUCCGCGACUCGCAAAUCGCCAUCGACCUUUUGUACGGUACCUUGAGCUCCGACUUCAACCCGCAAGCCUACCUCGUCCGAUCCUGCCUGACUGUGGCCAGAGUCAUGCCCACCACCACUCGCUUCGACGGUGACGUGGUCUGGGACAGCAUGCGCACCUGUCUCGAGUAUGCGCGCAUAGCCGAGUACAAGAAACGGCCUGUCUUCGACGGUUACCUAGACCGACUCGACCAAGCCAUGAGCAGGCACUGGUUCGCCGCACUUGCAUCCAGCACGCCGUAUAACUCCUCGACGGAUAUCCAUCGUCUGCACCACUGGUCGCAAAAGGCCUCUUGGUUCUGGACGGGGCCGAAGGACGUCGAUAUGGCUCGCGUCCAAGCGGAGUUUAACCAGUUCUGCUACCCCUCGCUUUAUGUCAACAACGGCCUGACGUCGUCCACGUCCACCUCCCUCGAUGAAGAAAACCAGCGUCUUCUCCGCGAAAUCGACCUCGGUUUCCUGGUAGUAGCCAUCAUGUACUCCUUACCGACGUACCUGCGCACCUGCUUGCACCGUCUCAAGGAAGCCGAAGAGGAGAUCGAAGCGAGCAUGAAGCGCAAGUCAACGCGCAAGGCACUAAUCAACAAGAUCGACAAGAUCAAGGGCGGGAAACAGACGUACGUCCCGCCCAAGGUCGCGCACACGGCUACGCGGCUGCUGUUCCUCUGGGCGCAGCUCACGGCCGCUAGCAGUAACUUUUGUAUCGUGCCGUGGACGAAGCCGCAUGCACGGGUGUGUCGGACGUUGUUAGAAUUUGGCGCGAAUCCGAUGUGCGAGUUCAGUUUGAGCGUCUCGGGGAAGAUGUCUGCGCAUAGGAACGCGUGGGAGCUGACCUGCCAGGCGAUUCUGGUGUUGGUGCACCCCGCGCUGAGGAAGAAGCUGCCCAAUCCGACGGAACUGUUGCCGAAUCAGAAGGUGAGAGCGGUAUUGUGGAUCACCAACUUUUUCGUCAAGAACGGCGCAGAUAGGGGUAGCAAGGUGCCGAGCGUGGUGCUGCACGGUGCGGGGAUGAAGAAUCUGGUGUUGGAAUGCCCUGGACGGGCAAAGGACGAGGAGGCGACGCUGCUGGAGUGGUUGGAGCCGUACGCCAAGGGACCCGCGACAAAUGAGGGGUGGAGGAGGAGGAAGAGUCGCAGGCCGAAUGGAGAGGGAGGCGACGAAUUCGACGAGGAUAGCGAUGAUUACGGAAGCGAAGACGAUGAUGAUUAUGAUGAUGACAGCGACGACGAUGGGCGAUCGGUUAUUAUGCCGGCCAGUAGGGGGGAUCGAGGCGAGCAGAUUAUCCUCAGGAAGCCGCUACGGAGAGCUGGGUCCGGAGACACGUUGUUGAUGAUGGACGAUGUGGACAAACCGCUGCCGCCGAUUCCCCGGGAGAGCGAGACCUCGAUGCUCAGCACCCAGGCGGGUAUGCCCGAGAUUUUCGAUGAGGAUUACAACAUGGCGAAGACGCCGGUUAUGCAUCACCAGGCAUUACCUGAUACCCCGCCGCCAUCGGCUCCCGAUGAGAUUUUCUUUCUUCCGACGGCAUCGUUUGUCGAAUUACCAAACUCGACACCUCCUAGCCCGACGGAAACCAUCUCGCCGAUUUUGCCCCAACUCGAGGCCGAACCCAUGGCACCGACCCCUCCACCGCGCCCACAUGAACCGACUCCCGAAAUGCAACACACACCCCGCUUCCCCGACUUCUCUCCUCGCAUGCCACUUUCACCGUUGUCGCAACGCUUCCCGCUCUCGCCACUAUCCCAACGCUUCCCCUUGUCACCGGUAUCCCCGCGCAUGCCCCUCUCCCCGCUCUCGCCACGAACGCCCGGGUACGGCGGGCACAUGGUCGCCCCUUCCCCCGCCGACUUCCUCUUCCCAGCGGCCUUCCGCGCCGUCGCCCACCACCGGCGCCAAACCGAGGCCUUCCCCGGCUUGGGAAUCAACCCAUCGCAAGCGACGCUCGUGGACCCCAACUCCGAUGACGUCGAAGAUCUCUACCCGGACAUCGCCGCGCGCCUUCCCCCUCUUUGUCCCGCCGCUCAUCAACCGAAACCCUCACCCGUCCAUCCGCUCGAGCUCGCGAUGCAACGCGGCCAGUUAUCCGGGGAAGACUCCGACCAGGAGACGGUGCGCGGCCGCCGUGGCCGCGACAGAUCGAAUACAAUGACUACCGCUACCACGUCUACCACCUCGACAACAAAUACCACGUCUACGACGAGCACGACAACGGGUAACCGCCACCGCGAGGCGAGGGAGAUGAAGCGCAGAGAAGAAAAAGAGGAUAAGGAACGGAGGGAGAGGGAGGCUAGUCGCGCUGCGAGGAAACUGCCGGAGCCGAAGGCGGGGAAGCAAGGGUACGCGAAAUACUUGGGACAAACGGGCGCGAAGGCUGCGGCGGUUGUGCCGCAGAAGCUUUUUAACUUGGCGUUUUGGGUGGGAGAUUGGUGCAAAAGGGCUUAUGGACGGUGUUCGUGGGUUGUCAAGAUUCGCUGGUAG